AUGUUCUCGCAGUACCAUGUCCUUGAGCGGAUUGGCGAGGGAUCUUUCGGCAAGGUCUACAAGGGGCGGAGGAAGCACACCGGGCAAACGGUGGCGCUCAAGUUCAUUUCCAAGCACGGCAAGAGCGCCAAGGACAUCAGGAACCUGCGGCAGGAAAUCGCCAUCCUGCGGACCCUCAACCACGAGAACAUCAUCCUCAUGUUCGACGCCUUCGAGACGGACCGCGAGUUCUGCGUCGUCACCGAGUACGCCCAGGGGGAGCUGUUCGAGAUCCUGCAGGACGACCACAUGCUGCCGGAGGCGCAAGUGCAAAAGAUCGCCAAGCAGCUGGUCCAGGCCCUCCACUACCUGCACUCGAACCGAGUCAUCCACCGGGACAUGAAGCCGCAGAACAUCCUGGUGGGCGCGCACGGGCGCGUCAAGCUCUGCGACUUCGGGUUCGCCAGGGCCAUGUCCUCCAAUACCGUCGUCCUCACGAGCAUAAAGGGCACGCCCCUCUACAUGGCGCCCGAGCUGGUCAAGGAGCAGCCGUACGACCUCACGGUCGACCUUUGGUCCCUCGGCGUCAUCCUCUACGAGCUUCUGGUUGGGCAGCCCCCGUUCUACACCAACUCCAUCUACUCCCUCAUCAACCACAUCGUCAGGGACCCCGUGCAGUACCCGGCCGACAUCUCGCCCGACCUGCGGUCCUUCCUGCAGGGCCUUCUCCGCAAGGACCCCAGGCAGCGGCUUUCCUGGCCCGAGCUCCUGCGCCACCCGUUCGUGAGGGAGACUGAGGAGGACCGGCUGCGGCAUCGAAACGAAGACGCGCACUAUACCCUGGGCGGGGGGGUAGGGCCGCCGCGGUUCAGGCUCGAACGCUUCUUGCAGGAGCAGCAGGCGCAGGAGCAGACUCAGGGGCAGACACAGGAGCAGCAACAGCAGCAGCAGGAAGCGCGGGAACAGCCGGUGCCUGCUUGCGUGUCUCCUCUUGCCGGUGUCGAAGAAAAGGAGGCGGCGGAGAAUCGCGGGGACUCGGUGCUGAACGGGGGUGGUGGACCGGGGAUUGUCGGAGCGGCUAGAGCAACCGCUACGGGGGCCGCCAACAGUGGUAGUGGCGGCGGCGGCGGUGAGGAGUCGCCUGGUGGCGGGGUCGACGACGUAGCGCCUCUCGGCGGAGCAAACGGCACCCACGAGAGCGAUCAGCACCAUGGCGGAAGUCCUAGGUUGGGUUUGGGUCAGGAGGACGAUGAGCGUUCUCGGUCGAACAGUUUCCCUAGACGAGAGAAGAUCGGCAAGCGUCCAAACAACCGCAGCACAUGGUGGAGCGAACAGGAGGCCGCGGCGACAGCGGGGGGGGGACCGGCGGGCUGGGAAGGCCGAGCGGCGGCGCUGCGCGUGGGCAGCACCCGCGGCUUCUUCGCGGCGUUCACGGACGUCCUGUCCCGAUCGACCGGGUCCGGGGGGGAAACAACACGUGACGGCAGCAGCGGCAGCAGUGACGGAGACGGGUGCGCGGCGGCGGGGGGAGACCCGUUACCGGUCCUCCGCGUCGCGCUUCGUACGGCCGAACGGGUCGCCUCGGCUGCGGUGUUGUCGCUGUCGUCAUCACCGGAGACGGAGCCCGGCGCUGCCGGGUCACGAUUGGAGGAGGACGACAGUCCCGCGGUUCCGCCGCAGGCAAGCCCGUCGGAGGAGACGACGUCGACGGUCAGGGAUGCUUCCGCGAUAGUGGCGGCGCGCUUCCUGCACGCUCUCCUCCCCGUGGUGGGCGUGUGCGACGCCCUGCUCGAGGGGGACGUUCGUGCAGCCGGGGGGCGGGGACCGCGGCGAGUAGGCGGUAGGCCGGGGGAGGAGGAGGAGGAGGAGGAGAAGGCGUGCGCCCUGGCGGAGGCGGUGCGGCUGCUCGGGGUCAUGGCGCGGAUGCCCUGGUGGGUGCAGGAGGGGAAGCUUGAGGACGGCGAUGGUGAUGAUCAUUGCGAUCGUCGACGACAACGUCCGUGCGGCGGCGCCGGCGCCGGCGGUGCCGUGGUCGCGGGAGCGCGUGGCGGGGGUCACGGGGAGCGCGCUAGCGUGGUGGGCAUAAGCGAAAGGUGGACGACGCUCUCGACUCUUACCUCCCUGCUGCGUCCCGAGACCAGCCCGGCCUAUCCAGGAACGCCUGAGCAGAAGCUGCAGCUCCAACGCGCAGCGAUAGACUGCCUCUCCACUGUCGUCUCACGGGCUGGUCCAGAGACGACCGGCAUGCUCCUGGCGCACCGCCUCCCGGCGGUACUCUGCCGGUGUAUCCUGAGGCGGCAUCACUCCCCGUUGGCCACGCCUUGCAGCACGGGAGCACGAGGCGGUGUCGGCGACGUUGUUAUCGUCAGCCCUGCUGCGACUCUCCCCAGUGGGCGGCGGCGGCGGCGGCGGCGGCGGCAGCGGUUUCCCCUUGCUCCCCCCGCCGUGCGCGCGCUCUCGCUCCUCGUUCAGCCGACGGGACCGCAGUGGUGUCCGAUUCGCCCCAUGCCCCUCAGGGAGGCGGCGGCAGCUGCUAGCCAGCAGCGGCAGGAGCAGCAGGAGCAGCGAUCUCGCCUGGCCUCCAGUCACCCUCCAUCACCAUCGGGUGCAGCUGUGGGUCUCGACGUUGACAUGAAGGCGGCUGUCGAGCUCGCCUCCUCGGUGUGGCGGCAGACGGCGCAGCAGCUGCUGGAGGACACUGCGAGCGGCGGUAACGGUUGUGGCGCAGGCGAGGGCACCGGCGGUGGUUCUCGUCGUGGUGAUGGUGAUCAAAACGCCAGCUUCGCGGCGGUAAAAGAAAAAGACGGCGGCGGCGGCGGCGGCGGUCUUGAUUUUUUCGGCGAGGAGGCUGGGCCGGACCGUGGGUUUCGAGACCGCCGGGGUCCCCCGACCACCAACGCCGUCGCGGCGCUCUGCGGCAUCAUUUGCGACGUGCAGGACGAGGAGGAGGACGAGGACGAGGACGAGGACGAGGACUCGACGCGCUGGGACUCGCCGGGUUCGGCUGCGUACCACCGGGACGAAACCGCCACCGCCGCCGCCGCCGCCGCCGCCACUGCUCCGUUUUGCGACCAGCACGUCGGUCGCGGGAGGUCGUCUGAGAGGGACGGCGAUGGCGGCGGCAGCGACGACGACGGUGGCGGUAGGGGGGACACGAUGCGGUCGGCCGCGCUGCGCGUGCUCCUGCACGCCUGUCGGGCCUCGCCGGGCGUGGCGCGGGCCAUCGUUUCGUUCGACGGAGGGGCGGCCGUGCAGGCUCUGCUCGGUCGGCUUUGCUUGCCUCCUUCUUCUCGAGCCGGCCCCAAUCUGCCGCACAACCAUUGCCCCGCGGAGGAGGACGUCGCCAGCGGCGGCCAAGCAGCGGCAGGAGCGAGUGAUACAAGCGGACAUGCCGCCGCCGUAGAUCGCUCUUCCGCUUCCGUCGGCACGGCUCUUCUCCUCCUCGAGGCCCUCGUGGGGCACGGGGUCCUCAGCGGGGAGCACGUCUUCGGCUGCGUGACAACGGCGGCGUUCUGCCUGUGCGAGUCCGUCCCCACGGACCUCCGCGUGUCGUCGGCCGGGGUGGCGGUCCUCGACGCCGUCUUGUCGAGAAGGAGCCGAGACGGUGGUGGCCGUGGCAGUGGCGGCGCUGCCGACAACGAAGGCGGCGGCGGCGGCGGCGGUGGUGGUGACCACCGCGGGAACGGCGCCGCCGCCGCCGCUGCUUGCGGGCUCGAGAAGGCGGCGGCCGCGGGACUCAAGGCCGCGUCGUCCUCUCGAGUCCUCGCGGCGGUGGAAGCGAUCCUGCAGGGGGUCCGUGAGGGGCAGCAAGCAGGGGGCGUCGUGCCGACGACGUCGACGCGGCGGCCUGAUGACGUCUGCGAGGAUGCGUCUUCUUGCUCGCCGAGAUUCCCGGGGGGAGUAGCGGCGACGGCGGCCGGGGUUGCGCGGCUUGACGGGUGUUGGUUCGGGGCUCCGCUGCGGGGCUUGCUGGACGCCCCCGCCAGCCUGCUUGCGCACGUAGUGGCGGGGGGCACGACGGUGACGGCGGUGCCGGCGUCCGUCGCCGUGGCUCCGAAUCGUGCCGUCCGCAGUCCAUCACGAAACCCAGCGGCUGCAACGGCGAGGCCUGUGGCAGGCUUUCCUCACAAGCGGCUGUGGCUGCGGCUGCGCGAGCAGCUGGAGCGCGGGGGCUCGGGAGAGCUGUCCCCCGCCGGCCUCGCCUGCGCGCUGCGCUACGCGGAAGGCGUCGUCGCCGCCGCCCCGACCGUGGAGGAUGUCGGGGUGCUUUUGCUCGGGGCGGAAGGCGGGGGCGGGAAAGGCGGUCUCAUCGCCAUGGUGUGCGCAAGCGUUCUCGAACAGCGGCACCUGCGAGCAGUUCGAGAGUGGCCGCCGCUUGGAGGGGGCGCCGGCGGCGGUGGAAAGGAGGACGAGGAGGCGAGAGCGACAGAAGGGGUGCGAAAAAACGGGGGUUGGGACGGCGGCGGCGGCGGCGACGGCGGCGAGACCAGCGAGGGAGUCGCGUGGACAGACGACGGCAGCGGCGCCCAGACAGAGGCCGCCCUGUGCGCGUGCGUCGAGCUCCUGUCGCGCCUCGUUCUCCUCUCGCCGCACUUCAGCCAGCAGUUCCUCGAGGAGGGGGGGCUGGACGAGCUGGUUUCCGCCGGGUCCAUGCGGGAGGACGCCUCCGCCGGCCUCGCCACCGGGGCGCUCGUCAUCGCCAGCCAGCUGGCCCGCUCCUCCGCGGACAACUACGGGGGCCUCCGCGACGCCGGCGUGGUGGCCAGCCUGGGGGGACUCCUCGCGCACGGGGACCCCACGGUCCGCGCCAAGGCCUGCAACCUAGUGGGAAACCUCUGCCGGCACUCGGCGUUCUUCUACGCGGCUCUGCAGGAGGUGCGGUACGGCGGCGGCGGCGGCGGCAGCAGGCCUGACGGCAACCACAACGACAAGGGGAUGGUGGCGGGGGGAGGAAGGCUGCCGUUGCAUCGAGCACGAGACGCGCAGCUUCGGGAGCGCCAGCAGCAGCAGCGGGAGGGGGGGGGGCAGCGGUGGCAUGAGCAGCAGCAGCAGCAGCAGCAGGCGGGAGAAGAGCUCCCGCUGGACGGAGGGCUGAGCAUCGUAGACCACCUGGUGGGCCUCUGCGCCGACCGGGACCCGUCCGCGCGCAAGUUCGCGUGCUUCGCCGUCGGAAACGCGGCCUUCCACAGCGACGCCCUCUACGCCUGCCUCGCCCCGGCGGUGGCGCCGCUUGUCGCCGCCCUAGACGACCCGGAGGAGAAGACGCGGGCGAACGCCGCGGGGGCCCUGGGAAACCUGGUCCGCAACGGCGGGGCCCUCGGCGGGGACCUCGCGCGGAGGGGGGGCGUCGGGGCCCUCCUGAAUCUCGCCGCGCGGGACCCUUCCCCGUCGCCGAGGAGGAUAGCUCUCUUCUCCCUCGGCACGUGCUGCGCCUACGUCCCAUGCCGGGAGGCGCUGGCGCUGCUGCUGGACGGGGAGCAAGCGGUGCCGCGUCCGCCGCCGCCGCCUUCUCACGGCGGGGGGGGGCGACCGGGGUGGGACAUGCACGGUCGCGAUCAUGAGGCGAUGCCGUUACCACCGGCGGCGGCGGCGGCAGCGGCGGCGGCGGCGGCGAGAGGGAUGGUUUCGCCGGGGUCGGGGCUGGACCGGCGGCUGUCGGAGCUGGAACGAGCGGCGACCGGGGUCGGGGAUGACGUCGCUCGGAAGUACGUGGCGAGGCUGAGGACGAAGCUCUCGGCGCCGCCGCAGGCUUGA